AUGAAAGCCGUGUUGUGUAUAGCUGUUUUGGUUUUGGUGAUGGCUCUGGCAGAGGCCGGUGGAUAUUAUCCGCGUAUGUACCAUAAGGGCAGACCAUGCUCCAAGGGUGGCAAGGGCCAUUUCUAUGGUGGCGGUUAUCCUGUAACCUACCCAGCCUCUUACAGUACCUACAGCAUGGGCUACCCCUCUUACGGGGGUUCUUAUUACGAUAACUCCUACAUGGGUAGCGGAUCUUACCUCGGUGGUGCCACGUACAUCACAAGUGGAGCCAGCCCAUACCUAAGCGGUGGAGGAUCGUACAUCAGUAGUGGUAGCUACUACCCGAGUAGUAGUGUAUCGUACGCUUCAGGAGGAUAUCCCUCCACUUACAGUACAGGAUAUCCCACCACUUACAGUACAGGAUACCCUACCGUCUACAGCAGUGGCGGUGGAUACCCAUACAGCGGAGGCAGCACCUUCAGUAGUGGCAGUUAUCCUGCUACUUACCAGGGUUGA